AUGGGAAACAGCCAAUUCAAAGGCCCUGAGGGGGCAGCAUACCUGUUUGAGGAUCCACGAGGAAGCCAGUGUGGCUACAGUGGAGUGAGGGGAGGAGAAGCAGAUCAAGUCAAUGAGGAGCGGCCAAGCGGUGCCAGGCCAGGUGGGUACGUCCGUCGGUCCUGCCGUGCCCUCGCCGGAGACCAGCCCUGGAGGCGGCCCGGGCCCGUCCCUGUGGCCGGCACCAUGAAGCAGGAGUUGGCAGCCCAGAACACCCCGCCCCCCCAGGACGACGGCGGCCCCCAAGCGCUGUGGAUUUCCGGGUACAGCUCCCUGGUGUGGAGGCCCGACUUCACCUACAGCGACAGCUGUGUGGGCUUCAUGCACCGCUACAGCCGCCACCUCUGGGAGGGAGACACCUUCCAUCGGGGCAGCGACAAGAUGCCUGGUCGUGUGGUGAUCCUCCCUGAAGAUCGUGAGGGCUGCACUUGGGGUGUGGCGUACCAGGUGCAAGGUGAGCAGGUCAAUGAGGCCCUGAAGUACUUGAACGUGUGGGAGGCAGUGCUUGGCGGCUAUGAUACCAAGGAGGUCAUCUUCUGCCCUCAAGAUGCCCCUGACCAACCACUCAAGGCACUGGCCUACGUGGCCACCCUGCAGAACCCUGGUUACCUGGGCCCUGCGCCUGAGGAGGCCAUCGCUACGCAGAUCCUGGCCUGCCGAGGCUUCUCUGGCCACAGCCUUGAGUACCUGCUGCGCCUGGCAGACUUCAGGCAGCUCUGUGGGCCCCAGGCACAGGACGAGCACCUGACAGCCAUCGUGGAUGCUGUAGGCACCAGGCUGCCCUGCUUCUGCCCCACUGAGCAGGCUUUGGCACUGGUCUGA